AUGGAUAACGACUUCUUCCUCCCGCCCCACACAUAUCCGACGUGCAUGCCUCCGGCGCACACACCGCCUCCACCCGCCUCUCAGCCGCCGUCGCGCGUGAUGAAAGUCGUGCUGGAGGAACGGGAAGAGGAGGAGCAAGGCAGUGAACGGCAGUCGAGAGGGCGAGGCAAGAACUCGCGAAACGAACUCAAUCCAGACGACAUUCCAGAUCCUAACGAAGACACAGAUAGCGGCAACGGAUCAGCAAAAGGCCCAGGCAGAAACAAAGGCAGAAGUCGCUCGCGAUCGUCGGAACCGCUCCCGAAAUGGAGUGACUACUGGGAAGUCCAGGAAGACAUUCACCCCACGGAGAACCCGAAUGAUACCUUUCGCGUUUAUCACUCCGGAUCCACGGGCCCUGUCUGCUUCUUCCUCCACGGCGGCGGCCACACUGCUCUCAGUUGGUCUCUGGUUGCUAAGGCGUUGGGCCAAAACGUACGCUGCAUUGCCUACGACGCGCGAGGCCACGGCGACACGCACUGCGAGGAAGACACCGACUUCAGUGCGGGUCGGCUCGUCAGCGACGGCCUGGCCGUCGUGGAUUUUUACUGCCGCCAGAUCUACGAAGAAAUCCACAAAACCAAGUGGGAAGACGCGCCCCAAGGAGACGCUGCCGACCAGUCCCCGGGCACUCCCUUCAUUCCGGUCGCGCCACUCCCGGGCGUGAAGCGCAGCGACGAUCCGUGCAUCAUCAUCGUCGGCCACAGCAUGGGAGGAGCGAUCGCCACGCGGAUGGCUGCUUCAGGAAAGCUCCCCGCCCUCCACGGCCUUGUCGUUGUUGACGUUGUUGAAGGGACUGCGAUGGCGGCGCUCCCCCACAUGGCCUCGUUCGUGCGAAAGUUGCCGACCGUUUUCACCUCGCCACGAGAAGCAGUCAGCUGGGCGAUUCGAUCGGGGACUCUCAAGAACGAGGAGAGCGCGCGGAUCUCCCUACCGUCCCAGCUGGUCCGAACGCGCAGGAAGGACGUGCGCGAAAUCCUCAAGAAAGAAAUUUCUCCAGGACACGAAGACGACGUCGUCUGGACGUGGCGCACAGAUUUAACCAAGACCGAGCCGUUCUGGGAAGGUGUAACGGUGCAAUUCGAGCACGGUGAUCGCCGCCCGAUGUCUACCUCGUGCGUGAUCUUCCUGGUUUUGCGAGGAAAGGCGCAGAAAGGCAGAGGCAUGUUUCUGUUUCGACUCGGCGAGAACGCGUGCGGCGUUUCUCUGCAAGAAACCUGUCGGGUGCGCGUGCCUGGAGAUGUCCAGCUGGAUGCGUCGACUGGGGUGAAGAUCAACCGCAAGAAGUCGCGAACGUUUUGCUGA